CAGCGAUAUUGCAAGCGCUCGAUGGCCGCGCCGUCGACACAAGAACCGCCGUGGCAUCGGAUGCUUGCGAUGCUAGCGGCGCACACUGCGUCCAGCCUUGUCUUCUGGGCACUGCUCGACCAACUUCCCCGCGACGUGUACUGGUUCUGUCUCGAGGAAAUGAACUUGUCCAACAAACUCGCCUUCCUCGGCGUGCUCUUUGCGUUGCCCGUCUUGCUACUGAGUCGGCGCGUGCGACUCGCUGCCGCGCAGUAUGGGAGUGUCUUGGACAUGGUCGGACUUUUGUGCCUCUUCGUUCGAUUCCACCCACACCCCACGCUUCACGUUGUGACGUGUUGCCUUGGUCUUGUCGCCGUCACUAUGGCGAGGUGCUCGCUGUGGUCGUUUGCAUUCCAGCUGCAUCCCAUGUCAGUGGACGGAUCGGUGACUGACGCAGCUCUGUCGGUGACCGGCGUCUUGCUGGCUAACUUUGUCACGCUCGCCCUGCGCUGGGGCAACAAAUCCCUCAACCCCCUCGUGCCGGGCUUGGCCAGCGCGCUUGUCACUGCUGUCGUGUGCCUGCUGCCCGUAGCCAUCGCAUGCAUAUACCUCUACUUUCAUCGUCGGCGACAUCACGAAUUCCUUGGCCCGCCUUCAUUCAGCCCAGCACAAAUGCCGUGGUGGCAGGCGGCAGCUUCCAUGGCAGGCCUCCCACUCGUCGUGUUUGUGACGCAGUGGGUGCUUGGUUCACCGACGUCGAUAGCACGAUGGCUUGGAGUGUCGACAGACUGGAGCUGGGCGAUUCUUUUGGUAUUUUUGGGAGGCACUGUCGUUGCACAGGUGAUCCCUGGUUUUGCAAUCGUGGCUUUAUGGACCGCCGGUCUCCUCUGCUUUGGCGCUUCGAGCACGGCGGCCCUUCAGCUUGCAGGGGCUGUGUGCAUGGCAUCGAUGCUGCCGUCGCUAUGGCUCGGUCUUGUCUCUCCCACGACAUACCACUUGCCUGCAAUGGGCGCUUCCAUCGCGGUCACAAAUUUCGUCGUUGUCAACGUCACGUCGGCAAGUCAAGACCCCGCCCACGACAUGCCUACGUCGUCGCCCCACCUCCGCGGCGAUUCGCAAGGGCACAUGCCAAAGCUGAGCCUGCCAUCGUCCGUAGUGUCCUCGGGUCUUUGCUUCACAUCGUGCCUUGGAACGAUGGUGUACAUAUUGCUGACCGCACUUACCAUCAUCCUGACUUGCUACGACUACCUGACCGACGAAUUGCGAUCCCUGCGAGGCCAGCGGUACCAAAUUCUCGUCGGAGCCGGUCUUGUGCUGAGUAUAUCGAAUGCAUUGAUGGUUCUUCGGUCGCGAACGCAGCGCCGGUGUCGGCUUGUCACGUGGAAUACCAUGUGCGGACUGCGAGCGGUGGUGGCGGGAGCGCUUCUAGUCGGGGUGCUUGGCCCCGUCGCCAUCGUUCGACUGGCCUUCAACCACAGCCCGGGAGCAGUGUUGCCGCCGAUAGCAUGGCUCGGGGUGAGGGCCGAUCUCCGAGUGUUUAGCUUCAACGUGUAUCAAGUACGACGUCCCCAGAGGUCGGUUGAUCCAGUCAUGCUGUCGAGUUUGUGCUAGGGCUUCAAUCGCGCUGGUCUCAACAACUUUGAGCCCAUUUUGAAUGCCAUCAAGGACUACCAGCCAACUAUGGUAGCGCUCCAGGAGUCCGACACGAUGCAGGCAGGCAGCGGCGCCAUCGACAUCACGGAUUAUCUUGGGCAGAACCUUGGCAUGUACAGUUAUUCACACCCUCGGACGGACCAAGACUCGUUCGGGUGCUCCUUCCUCUCGGUCUUUCCCAUUCUCGAGAGCGAAAGCAUGGGGGUCAUCUUGCCAUCGCCGCGCGGAGAAAACGCAUGCAUGCAGGUCCGUGGUGCAUGCAACGAAUAUUUGGAGGGGCUUCAACCAGUAUGGGCGUAGGUCGUGACCAUCGAAGUUCAUGGGACUCGGGUCAUCGUGGUGAACGUUCACCUGGGCAACGAUGGCAUGGCGGAGAAGCAGACGCAGCUGGAUGCAGUUGCGAAAGCGGUCGUGUCGACGGCAUCGCCGACAAGCCCGUUGAUUCUCGUCGGCGACUUCAACACACGAAAAAACACGGCGCAGUACACUGCGUUUGUCCGAAAGGCCGGCCAGCUGCGCGACGCGGGAACGGCGGCACACUGCCGGCAAACAUUCAACGACACGGGCACCCCCAUCGAGUACAUAUUUUACCGAAAUGUCACGUGCGUUCAGUUGGACUACCCCCACUCGUAUCCCCAAGACGAGACGGCCGACUCAUACCCACGCAUUGGGCACUUCAACCUGACAAGAAGCUCAGAUGGAUGACCUUCUAAGGCAGACUAGCAUAUGUGAAGAAUCGAUCAUGAUGUGUUGGCCGAUUGCAAACGCAGCAAGGAUGAACC